AUGACCAUGUCGAGCAAAGCUCGAGGCAUCGUACAAAGAUGCCAAAACUCAUCACUCGUUAUCCAGAAACGUAGUUUAGCCACACCGGCAGCGAUUCCACUGACGACGAAGCAAAAGGAUUGUACAACAAUCACACCACCAUACGAGUCCUUGCUUGCAAAGCUCGAAACGGUUCGGAAAAUACUCAAAAGACCAUUAACGCUCGCAGAAAAGAUUCUGUAUGCACACUUGGACAAUCCCCAGAAAAGUUUGGGUGGUGGAGGGCCAAUACGAGGAGAGGCAUAUCUCCAACUCAAACCUCAGAGAGUUGCCAUGCAAGACGCUUCCGCACAGAUGGCACUGCUGCAAUUCAUGACAUGUGGUCUUCCCGCGUCUGCAGUUCCGGCGAGUAUCCAUUGUGAUCACUUGAUCCAAGCUGUCACCGGCGCAGAGGAAGACCUCAAGCGCUCUCUGGUGACCAAUGCGGAGGUAUUCGAUUUCCUAGAAUCAGCAGCAAAGAAAUAUGGCAUCGAGUUUUGGGGACCCGGUAGCGGAAUUAUUCAUCAAAUCGUCCUCGAGAAUUAUGCCGCGCCUGGAAUGCUCAUGCUGGGCACUGAUAGUCAUACUCCCAACGCUGGUGGUCUUGGUCUGCUCGCUAUCGGUGUCGGAGGCGCAGAUGCGGUGGACGCGAUGACUGGAACUCCAUGGGAGCUCAAGGCACCAAGAAUCACUGGAGUGCAUCUCAAGGGAAAGUUCCCCGAACAUGGGUGGGCCAGUCCAAAGGAUUUGAUACUUCAUCUCGCCGGCAAACUAACAGUCAAGGGAGGUACAGGAAGAAUACUAGAGUACUUUGGGGAUGGUGUCUACAACCAGUCGUGUACUGGACUCGCGACCAUUGCGAACAUGGGAGCAGAAGUGGGUGCCACCACUUCCACCUUUCCCUAUACGCCUUCCAUGCGGGCGUAUCUCCAUGCUACAGGCCGCUCACCCGUCGCGGAGGCGGCAGAUAAAGCUGGGGCCCAAGGAUAUCUCAAGGCGGACGAAGGCGCGGAGUACGACGAAGUCAUUGAGAUUAACCUGGCUGACCUCGAGCCAACGUUGAACGGACCUUUUACACCAGACCUUGCGACCCCUCUCUCCAAGUUUCCGACGCUAAUUCAGGAGAAAGGAUGGAAGGAUGAAGUAUCUGCGGCUCUUAUUGGUUCAUGCACUAAUAGCAGCUACGAGGAUAUGACUCGCGCAGCAGAGUUGGCAAAGCAGGCAAAAGCGGCAGGAUUGAAAGCGCAGAUUCCAUUUCUCUGUACGCCGGGUUCAGAACAGAUCAGGGCGACCAUGGAACGCGACGGACUUACGGCCGCACUUGAGGACGUUGGAGCGACUGUUCUUGCCAAUGCCUGCGGGCCUUGCAUCGGCCAGUGGAAGCGACCGGAAUCAAACGAUGAAAACUCCAUCUUGACCUCUUUUAAUCGUAACUUCAAAUCUCGAAAUGACGGCAAUAAGAACACGAUGAACUUCCUCGGCUCGCCAUCAAUUGUCACGGCCAUGGCCUUUAGUGGGAAGUUGUCAUUCAACCCAGUGACGGACACCAUUACAACUCCCUCGGGUGGACAAUUCAAAUUCAAAGCUCCUGUCGGACUCACUCUUCCUGAGAAAGGCUUCGAAUCAGGCAAUCCUGCAUUCUAUCCUGCACCAAACCCUACUCCCCAGCCGGAUACACCAAUUGUGAUCUCACCUAGCUCUUCUCGACUCGAAGUGCUCCAACCUUUCGAGUCGCAUUUCCCCGGGAACGUUCCGGGAGAGUUGCCACCAAUGAAAUGUCUGAUGCGUGUUCGAGGAAAAUGCACGACGGACCAUAUUUCGGCUGCUGGACCCUGGCUUAAAUAUAAAGGUCAUCUCACGAACAUCAGCGAGAACCUGUUGAUAACUGCUGUCAACGACGAGAACGGAGAAGUCAAUGUUGCGUUUGAUCAUGAUGCCAAGGUGUCCGACGGGCAAGAAGCAAGCAGCAGCAUCCCAAAGAUUGCACAGCAAUUCAAAGCACGAAGUCAACCUUGGGCACUUGUUGUUGAUGAGAAUUACGGAGAAGGUUCUGCGCGUGAACACGCGGCUCUUCAGCCUCGGUUCUAUGGCUGCGCUUUGAUUGUCGCUCGCUCUUUCGCUCGGAUCCAUGAGACCAAUCUCAAAAAACAAGGCGUUCUUCCGCUUUGGUUCGCAGACAAGGCUGACUAUAACCUCAUUGCGUCCGGUGAUGUUGUUGAGACCGUCGGUUUGACAGACCUCCUUUCCGGGAAGGGCAACCAAGUCAGCCUCAAAGUCACCAAAAGGGAUGGACAAGUGCUGAACAUCAAGACUACCCAUACCAUGUCAGAGGAUCAACUCAAAUGGCUUCAAGCAGGAUCGGCGCUCAACUACAUUCGCGCUCUGCGACAGUCUACAUAA